AUGUGGCCCUUCCUGAGUCGCUCCCUCUUCCCACCCCCCACCGAGGCCUGGCUCCAGAUGGUCUCCUCAGACCCCGAGGCCCAGGGCUGGGGGGCCUGCAGCAGGACCCAGAAGACCCCUCUGGAGCUAGGGAUUGGACAUGGGAAGGAGAAGGAAAGUGACAACGAAGAUGGCAACGAAGACGCAGGCUUCCCGCUGUCUCUGUUGGAACAGGAAGACCUGGCCGAGUGCCCGGUGACUGACCAGGAGCUGGAAGCCAUCGAGCUGAAGCUGUCAGCCAUGGAGCAGGCCGAGGGGCCGCUGGUGCCACCCAGCGCACAGGACGAGGCCAGGGCAGAGGAGGGUGCUGGGGUCGUGCUGGCCAGACAACUGCUGAGCCCCAAGACAACGGGCUGCCCCUUCCUUGCGGCCCCCAAGGAGAAGGUGGAGGCUGACCACAGGUCCGUCUACGUGGGCAAUGUGGACUACGGGGGCACCGCCGAGGAGCUGGAGGCCUAUUUCAACCACUGCGGGGAGAUUCACCGUGUCACCAUCCUGUGUGACAAGUUCUCCGGCCACCCCAAGGGCUAUGCCUACAUAGAGUUUGCCAGCGAGAGCUCGGCCCAGGCUGCCGUGGAGAUGGAUGAGAGUGUCUUCCGAGGCCGGGUUAUCAAGGUGCUGCCCAAAAGGACCAACUUCCCAGGAAUCAGUUCCACAGACCGCGGGGGCCUGAGGGUACACCCAAGCACCAGGGGGGCACCCUUCCUCUGCAGCAGCCUACAGGGCAGGCCCAGGUUCAGACCACGGGCACAGAACCGAGACCGUGGAAGAUUCCCACCGUGGUUCUCACCAUAUUGA